AUGUCAGACUUCCAGUGGGAAAUCAUGAUGCCUCUGCCACCUCAUAUCUUCUGGAAUCAGGUUUGUUUGAGAUCACGCUGUACAAGUCAGUCGCCUAAAAUAUCUCGUGCAUUAUUCGAACUUAUUUCUUUCAGGGAAUACACUGUUCCUUGUGACUACCCUUUUAUUUUAUACUGAAUCAGGCAGUUUUCAUGGGGUUAGGUCGUUAUUUUUUCACCUGACAGGUAGUCUUCAUCUUACACACUACUGGCAAUUGGGUGUUAUGUGGUGUUUUUUUGAGCGUCCGGCCUUGAUCUCUCUCCCUCUCUGGUUACUGCUCGCCGUUUUUGCCAGAAAGAAGGCUUUAAUUCCGAAGAGUGAGAGAGAGAGAGAGAGAGGCGAAGAGAGGGGGAGUUAGAUAAUGAACUACGCCUGAGUUUCGUCGCUGUUGCGCGACUUGAUGGGAUGUGGAAACGAACGUGCGGUUUGUAGCUUCACCAUGCGUCGAGUCGGAAACAUGCUUCAGUCCGGCAGCGUGAUUGAUUGGGGAUAUGUUAUGGGAGCAGUUUUAACAACUUAAGUCUGCCUGCUGACGUUUUUUCGGAUUUUUAGGACACUUUCUUACACAGUUUUACAAGCCAGAGUGUUUGAAGAUGAAAAAUAUUUGUUUUUUUCUGAAGAUAACGGUUUAUCCACAUCUUGUCUCGUCUGAUGUACACAAUCUGAAACAUCAAUUUCUAGGUUGGUGACAACCAAUCUAGUGUAAGACAGUUAUUGUAAUUGGAAAACGCCUUUAUUUUAAGGUAUCGUUUGUUUACUGAAAAAAAUGAUAAACUUUUUCAUGUAUAGAAUAUCUCAGAAACAUUCCACAUGUGAAAGAGACCGUUUUCGGAGUGUAUUGUGCUGAUAAGUAAAACGCCCUAUACUGUAGCACGCUUAGUCGGAAGGGAAUACCAAACAGUUCGUCAAUUUCGGCAAUGUCCACCGUGUGCUCCACAGCAGGGUGAGAGCAGGGACGGUGACUUGCGCAGCAUCUACCGCACUCUCUUCUUUCCCACCGCGGCCCAGUGUCAUGGCGAAGCCAAGAAGACCGGAGGUGGGAGAGGCAGCACCUAGCUGGUACGGCGUAAAUCUGCACCUGGACGUACCACCACCCCCUCUUGUCCACUUAAGCAGGAUUUCCAACAGGCAUGAAAUGCGGGACGGCAGAGAGCCCAAUUUACGCGGCGUGAACCAGUAACUGUGUUUGUCACAGCACCCCGAAUGUCAGCAUUUGUUAUGGGCGCGCAUUCCCAAUGACGCCUGUCGGACUCCAAUGUAGCCUCUAGGUGCACAUUUACUGUACAUCGGUUUUAGACAGGUCUUGAAUACGUCUGCUAGGCACCAAACAGGCAUCAAAUGUCCGUUGUUGGUUUAUUUAAAAUUGGUGAGACAGCGCGAAGAACGUGAGUGGGUGGGAGUGGUGGAUGACGACUGUCAGUGUUUUGACGCCUAACAGUCUCGCUCCUCAAUACAGUCCACCGGAGUGCCGUUCGUCCGGGUCCCUCUCCUGCAUUUCACUGCAGAAUCUUGGCUCCGGUUUGAGUUGUGGGUUGUGAGGUCCUUUCGGUUACUGACUGGCACCAGUCGAUGAAACAGUUGGGCGGUUGAGCCCAUCUGCACAUGACAGUGGUCUCCAGUGUGAUUUCUAGACUCCAGGAGGGAUUCGGCUUCUUGUUCUCGGCAAUCGAGCAUGCUUCACUUACUUUCUGGAAGCGAACACAAGCGUGCGGGCCUACAGCACGUGGCGUAUCUCAUGGAUAGUUUUCCUGCAUUAACAAAUUAUAAAUAAUACAAUCGGAAGCCAGGCCACAUACAUCGACUAAAGUCAGAUUAAUAAUGGAUAACAUUCAACUAAGGAAAUAUUAGGAGUAAUUGUAAUACUCCAGCCAGCUGUCUUCUGAGAAGAGACCUUCCAAAGUCGGCAAUCCUUGCACUGUUUCCAACGAUCGUCCAGACUCAAAGGAGUCAGAGUCAACUUUCAUCGUUCCGACAUCCAAUUCGUUGACACAAUCAGAUAUGGUGUAGAAUGAUGGCUUUUGCUUAAAGUUUAUUAAUAAAGUUUGAACCGGAAGAUAGCUAGAGUAGGAAAAAUGGACAACUGGAUAACGUCCACACGGUCGGGCGCUCGCAACUCUCAACUGGCGGUUCUGUCCAAGUUCUCCUCCGGCGCGCUCUGUCCGGCCCUUGCCCCACUUAAAAUUCAAAAUGAAACAAACAACGCAAAAACCCGGGUUAUGGAAAAUAUGUACAAAACAUUCAAACGAGUACAUUUGUCCGGGGAUCAGGACUUUACAUGAUAUUACACGUCGCUUAUAGACAACAAUUUUCCUAAAGUGACAAUGUCGAAAACUCGAAUACUCAUGUCCAAUGAGUAGACCAGUUUUUUAGAAGUACAUGAAGCCCUUUCAUGCAAAUAACUAAGUGAAACACAUUAGUGCAAACAUCCUCAAGGAAUUAGUGUUAUGCAAGGUAUGUUACGUAGUCACAUAGGCGCUUAACGUUUGAUUAUAGAUUCCAAAACUGUUUCGUGAGAAUUCGAUGUAAUUUUCCCGCUUCUCUAUUACUCGUAAUGCGGUUGAUUAAAUCGAGAAGGAUUUUUUUAAUUUCGCUACUAAGGAAGUUAAAAGAAUGCAUGUUUUCACUAGGUCACAUGUCGGGAGUCCGGUCGGUGACCAAGAGAUUGGGAUGGAAUUAGCAGACGCAAUCGUAAGCAAGAGAUCUUUUUUCAGUAACGUUGCUGUGUGGUAUUUGGCGACGAUGGACUACGCGGAGUUGCAGGUUGUCCUUGAAAUGUCAGUGAAUGCGCCGCGGUUUUCAGCGUUUUUAAUCGACUGCCUGAAAAGAUAGGUUAUAUACUGUGCGUUGGAUUUUUCAUGAAAGCAUUUACCUAGAAAGUGCGUUCUUUGGCAUUCCCUCUUUUAUGGAGAUGGCUAUUUGGGUCGUAUUUAUAGACUCAUCCAAACUCGCAACCGCGACAACGUCCUUAACGAAAGUCUGCAAUGAAUAUGGUCCCGAUCAAUGGAGAAAAAAAAUUAUUUGCCUCUAAAAGGCACCAUAGUAGGGUAUUUUGCCGACGAAGUUCCACGUACUUGAUAGCGCGCAUUUGUUAGCUCGCCUGGGUGGUUUUGUUUCACAAAAUAUCAUCUUGGUUUGAUUUGCGUAACUCACUUUCCGUUCUCUAUUGCUCUCAUAGCGUUGUCUCGAGCACUACAAGGAUGACUGUCAGGCGGUGAUUUCUGGGCUUCUGGAGGGUACGGUUCCGCUUGAAGUCUCAAACCCCGAGGAGGCCAGGUAAGCCUGCCUUACAUCCUCUCACGAUUGACUCCCAUUGAUGGAUGCCCGCAGACCAAAGCCAGCAUUUUUAAGUUACUGACCUCCCCUCCUUCUGUGCAACGUCCGCCUCUGUCACGAACUGCCAUCGGGGUUCCCCCCCCACACCAGUCGUACCCCACUUGCCCUGCCAUUCUCCGACACCGAACAGUCAAGGUGUCUUCUCAAGAUCUGACAUAACCGCUCCCCGUUGACUCUUCAGUUAGUUCUCAUGGCGGAUUCGGAGAUAUGGCUUUGAGAAUGAGUCAUCAUGUGUCACACCCCCGUAGCUUGAGGCUUCCCAACUUAUUUCAUCUGUAUUUGCCAACAACAGUGCCGAAUUAAUGUCUUCCACUGAGUUCACGGCGUUGUGACCCGGUGGUGUUCUCGUGUUCAGCGGCCGUCGCCUCCUAGGGCCUCAGCAGUCGUCACAAGUCAGGGGUUCCGCUCCUAAAAGCCGAAGACCGUUGUGGUCACCACACUCUCCGGACAGUACAUAGAAAUUUCCACACCAACUCUGGCAGGGAUUCGGAGAGGUGGCUGGCUGGCUGCUUCGAUACGCCCCUUUUCGGUUCAAAAGAAUGCGUUAUCUAACCACCUUGGAUGCCGGCCGUUAAUUGUAACACUGCCAGGAAGUGGUCCCGAUCGGCAGUGGAGUUUGACGCUCAGCAGCCAAACAACCCGAUCUCCAAGUUUCCUGCGCGUGGAGGCCAAGCUUCGCAAAUAUAUGUCCGAACUGCUGUAACAGUUGUUUCAUACAGUCAAUCUGUCACUGUCGUCUGCCAGGUCUGACUGCGAGACCGAGAGCGUCGAUAGAGUAAGUUCCAUGCGAGUGUUACGCUGCGGACUAUCUUCUGACGCUAUCGAGUCGGUGUCACAGGUGGACCGCGACGGACAAAAUACUUAAUUGCCCCUAGCCCUUUGUUAGCUGCGUAGAGGGGAACACAGCUUAUAGUUAUGUGGCUAUCGAGCAGGUCUUUGUUUUUGUAAAUGCCCACUCUUGGACCCCAUUUGCAGCAACCGACGGCUUUGCGAUCAAAAGCAGGCCGCUUUUCUCGGUGUACCAAUGUCGUCAGUGUAGUUAAUGCCAAGGGCACAAAACGUUCUUGCGCAAUUCGGGAACCUGCAUCGUCAUGUUGACAGAACCGCACGGCUGAGAAUGACGGGUCACAGCCUUGUCGGACCCCAGCCUUAACGGCGAAGUGCGCUUGAAUUUAGAUCCGAAUGAGGUCCACCAACAACAGAGAGAACCUCGAUUUGCCUUGUCGAACGUUUCAGCGAAAACUAGGGAGACGAUUAGUUUGUCGAAAGUAAUUUCUUUGUUGUAUAAUCCCUCGUUUGCUGCGCGGCUGGUCGGCACUUCGGCCAGGGCGAGAGUCGCACUGUUUUUUUAAUCCUAAUGGAGCGAUAACGGUUUGACAGCUUUCUGAAGUUGAGGUUAUCGAUUGAAUCUACUCCGAGCCAAACUGAGUGGGUGCGAUUCUGUCCUUUGCAGUCAUUAAUUUGGAUGUUGUCUGUCUUUCUCUUAACUCUACAGACAGCAUCUGGAAGAUCAGGAGAGGCGCAAAGGACAACAACAGCAACAGCAACAGCAGAGAUCUCGUCAGGGUGACGAAACCGCGACAAUGAAUCUGGCUGCGGCCGCAGCUACCGGCGUGGUUACUCUCCAGCGCGGUCAGGUUUGGAAGGGCAAACGUCAGGAUACCGGCGGGCCCGCGUUGCCGCCCCUCAGUGCGCAGGAUCGCGAGCGCGUCAAGCAGAUGGCAGUCAGUGUUUGGGACGAUGAUGACGAGGCGGGUUAUUCUGCCUGGUGGCGCAGCGGUGAACCUGGUCGCGCCGGCGGCCCCAACCGAUUUGAGGAUGUAAACUUCGAUCCCUACGAUGGUGAGGCCACCUCCCAAUGUAUGACUGAUGAAUAAUGUCAACUGGUGCAUGGGAGAGAGAACUGGGGAAUCAGCGUACUCCUCACUAUUAUAAGUCUGACGCGCUUGAUAUUAUCACUACGCGCUAAGAGUCGUGGACUACAAGACUGCUAGUUGACAUGAUACCUCGACUCCGCUCAUGACGGCGAGUCAGGCUGCAAUAGCUUUUUCCUAAUGUGGCUUUUAUGAUUCGCUCACCUAUUUGAGAUCCGAGACAGAUUGUUUAGCUCCGUCAGCUACUGCGCUCACGCCCACCUGUCAUCUUGACUUUGCUCUGCCACCGGACCAAAGUAAGUGAAGGAUGAGAGAGUGCAGUAGAUGCUUCGAAGGUCUACCACACGCAAGUCACCGCUGCCGGACCCAUUGCGCGGGGCAUCAGUGUACAUUAUCGUUUGCAACUGUCGAAUGGUGUCUACUUCUUGUCGGUUGAAGGCGAGAAAUGGUCGUCUUCUGUCUGAACAGCCACUGCCAAAACCGAUCUUUUCCGCCUUCUCGGUCGGUGUGUAUGUGUGUGUGUUGAGAGAGAGAGAGAUUUGUACAAAGUGUCGCAUGCUAGUUCACAUUUCCCCGAGGGCGCAUACGCUUCAUUGUCGCCCCGCAAAGGACGGAAUGGUAUAAUGCGACAGCAGCUUUCACAUUCUUCCACCAUCUGUUUGAAUGACAUCGAGUUUUUUUCUCUUUCAGACGAAUACGAUGACACCUACGAUCUGGAUGUCGGUGCUACAGAACACUUGACGAUCGACACAGAUGUGGCCCCGCCCCCAAAGUCGCGUACGGCGGACUUCACGGAGGCGGAGGGCGACGCAGAGCCGGAGGAGGAAGAGGAGGAGAGAGAAGAAUCGGGGUCGAAUUCUGAAGGCCAAGCUGAGCCCCCUCCACCGCCUCACAACAGCCAAUCCGAAUCUGCCUCCGGGAAGUCCAGGAGAGGGAAUUAUCAAAGGGGAAGAGGUGGCCGGGGAAGGCAAACAGAACUCGCUCGUCCUGUCAAUGGUACUGCCCAACCACCGCAAGGUACGUGGUUCUUUGUCCUGCACCAACCCUUUUCAUUAGGGUUUGCGAGGAGGGUCGAAUUUCGUCUGGGCAUGGACGGAAGUGUUUAAUUUUGUUUGAUCCUACAAUUGUAAUGCCUGUUUUUCCCCCCUACCUCGGCCAGAUUUAAGUCAUUUAUUUCAUUCCGAGGUAGAUCCAAAUAGUAGACGUGUAUUCGAAUGAACAGAGACGAUUACGCCGGUCGAGCAGUGGGAGCGCAUGUCAGCUUGUCGAAUGAGGCAAGUAAGCACCUCGUUUCGGCGACUUCGUGGAUUUAGACGACUGAGUACUUGUUCCAUGAGGUCAUUUCAAACAUAUAUUCACUGCCAGUUCCGCCAAUUCUAUUCCAAAGUGAUUUCGGUUAUGCAUCUAACGGAAACUGCUUCGUUAUGGCAUAGACUUUCAUCUGCGUAGUGUAUGGUUACAACUAGAUUAAGUUAGCGUUGUCUCUACAUUUCUGGUUGCGGUGCUGGUGGAUGCGAUGGUUGUGCUAACGGCGCUCAGUAUCUUGACCGUGCCCAUAGCGGUCGGAGGGAAGAUAUCCGACCAGGGUGAGCCGGAAUUAGAACGCGGCGGUAAUUUGGUGAAUAGGUGCGUUGAUUAACUUCAUUGGUGAUGAAUGAUGAUGCAGAUGAUGAUGACGACGAUGGUGAUGAUGAUGAUGAUGAUGAUGAUAAUAAUAAUAAUAAUAACGUUGUUGUUGUUGUUGUUGUUGACGAUGAUGAUGAUGAUGAUGAUGGUGAUGAUGAUGAUGAUGAUGAUGAUGAUGAUGAUGAUGAUGAUGAUGAUGAUGAUGAUGAUGAUGAUGAUGAUGAUGAUGAUGAUGAUGAUGAUGAUGAUGAUGAUGAUGAUGAUGAUGAUGAUGAUGAUGAUGAUGAUGAUGAUGAUGAUGAUGAUGGGGACGACCAUGUUACUGCUGGCUUUGAUCAUGCUGACGUUGCGGACCAGGGGGUGUGAUGACACGCCUAGGUGCGCGUUGUCGCCGUGCCAGCCACCUGAACCCUCCCCGAGUUCCGGUCCUUGUGACUCUGUUUUGACAUCGAAUCCAGCUGGGGAGGAGGGAGUACGAUAGGUGCAUCGCAAGUCCACUACCACUGUAAACUAAUUUACGCGUAAGUCACUGUUCCUGCUCUUGUCCUGCUGUGGAGCACAUGGUGGGGAUAGUCAAAAACGACUGCAGAACUGUCGUUGGUAGUGGUCGCUGUAGUGAAUGUCAGCGGCCUAGUGCGGAUCGCAACGCACCUAAUGCCCUACUUAUCUUAAUUGCUGAAAAUCCCUUUUUCGGUGUGUCGUCUAAUUUUAUUCUUCUUCUUCUUCUUCUUCUUCUUCUUCUUUAGAUAAGUCUCGAACGCAACCACCCAAAGCAGUCGCUUCAGGUCGUGGUGGAGGGGACAGGGGACACCUUGAGCCUGCUUCAAACUUUGUCGGCUCGCAGAGAUCGCCUUCGGCAAGGACUUGGACGCAACAGCAGCAGGGACCCCGCCAGUCUUACGGCGACCGUAAUGACGUGCGACUUACCAUGAAAAGUACAAUCCACUCGCAUGACAGCAUUGGCGAAGAAGAUAACGAGGUAGUUAGUCGUAAAUGUGUGCGUGGCUUCGUUUCCUGAAGAUGUAUGUUUUGCAUAUUACUGGUACUGACGCAUAGUCAGUAGACAGAGUUCGGAACUAUUAUUUUACCGGAAUUCAUGCUUAAAUGAGGAACUUCACAGCCGCCAACUGGAUUAUAAUAGAAUGUUGCUGUAUGAUGAUGAGGUUUGCAACUCUACUUACUUAAUCUUUUCGAUACGGGAAAACAUUUCGAAUUUUUGGCUGACAUUUCAUAAGUUAGCCGACCUACUGUAUAACUGAAUUUAUAAGGGCAUCGACAAUCAGCGGGGAAAUCGCGAAACGCUUAAGUAGUCCUUUUCUGCAGAGUGUAGUUUUUUCAGACGGCCGAAAAGAGGCUCAUUUGAAAGCGGGCGUCCUGAUGCGACCGAAAUAUCCUCGGAUUGUGCUAUGCGAUAAUUAACAUUGAAGCCCUACUUAUGUAGUCUCUUCGAAUAAAAGACAGUUCAGGUUCUCAAUUUAGAUUUCACGAGAUAGCCCCAAAAUAUUACUGAACAGGCAGAAUUUCGAGAAUACCUAAGAAUUAGUAAACUUUGAGAGAAAGAAAAUACACAUAUGCUUUAGGCGAAAUUUUGAGACACGUUUUCAGCAAAAUGGGCAGAAGAAGUGAGGCCUUUCUUAUUCUUUCCAAUAAUUGUGGAUCAAGAUGGGUCUCGGAAUUCAGCGGAAAGAGUACGCACCACAUAAGUAACAAUGCCACCACUAGUGCGAUUUUCGGAAGUGGGUUGGGGGAGUAGGGAAGACGCUUGAGCGAAAGCCAACAUUCUGUCGUCCAUAAUUUUCAUGGGAUCGCUAUCCCAUGCGAACCAGUUUUAUAGACUCUUUAGACCGUUAUGUUUACUUUAAUGUCCACCAGUAGCAUUCGGCCUCCAUUACAUAACGUUCGAUUUAUUUAUCGGCGCUGCAACCGACGAAAUUUAGAUACGCUGCUCACUAGUAAAGUAUGGCUUUACUGCAAUUAAAAUAUUGGCUAGAAGUAGAAUAAUCCAAAAGUACAAUAAAACGGGCAUGCAUCAAACUGACUGGCGUUACAGCGCGAAUUGGCCCGGUCGUCCGGCAGAAGUGUUUAGGAAAAAAUAUGAACCAAUUUCAUCCAAACUGUCUCCACGAGCGGGCCAAGGAGUACUCGAUCCGACUGGCGUGCCCAAUCUGUCCGCCAUGUUGAAUGAGAUUAAACUUUGGCGGUCCAGCCACGUUAUGGGCAGAGCUGACGCUCGUCACUAAGGCGUCCAAAAGUCACGCUUGAAGUCAUGGCCACUGGGGAACUUCUUGCGUAGGUUCGGCAGGAAGGUAGGACUGAGCUUCCGAAGAUUAACCUCAAUCGACACACCCGCUCCACCCCCUCACAUACAAGGCUGGGACUUUCUUUUUCGUGCGCCCCUGAGCAUGCCGUGGUGAAAUCGUUCUCAACUCGUCCGUUGCAUCCCACGACAACAACAUCAUCGGAAAUCCCCUCCCAAGUGCGACAGCACUUUCCCGUCGCACAUCAAUUGGACUGUACGUCGGCACUUCCGUCGUCAUACAAGCAGAAAACUGUUCCCGGAACGGUCGCCAAAAGUCCUCCUUCAGCACUGCGUUGGCCUACGCGAAGGUAGGUAUGGGUAUGACAGCUAAAACGUCACUCACAACUCCAGCCAAUGUCCCUGUGCUGAAUCAGGCCAUCAUGAAUAACGACGGACGAACCAUCGAGUUCCGCUUGUUAAUUUCUGCCGUCCUUACCACUUUGUAAACUGAUCUUUCUGCCUAGACGCGCAAGCACACAUUUUUCGUCUCAUAAUUUUUAAAUGGCAAAAAAUGAAUGAGUCAGGAAAAACGACAGAUUAUUUUUUUGAGAGUAGCAAAAAAGUUGCCUUCAGUCUGCCAUUCCCUUUUUCAGGAAAAGCCGACCCAGAAAAAUACUCUCCCUCUGGAAGAUCCUGCCGUUAUCCGCGCCAGGCGAGAGGCUGCAGCUGAGGCUAGGGUAAACAUGCUCAUCACUCUGAAGAUUUUCUGUUUUUUAAAUAAUCAAAAGGAGUUAUUUAUAUUCUCGCCACAUUCGGAAUUUUUUUCUAAUAAGAGAGGCCGAUUUUGGCAACUGGCCAAAUCACCGCUACCGGAGUUUUGCCCACAUCAGGUAUCUUGUGUCGCGCAUACUCCAAGAUCUUCUCGAAGGUGUUCAUACGCACUUUUGACGUCCGGCCCAUGUAGACACGAUUGAAAUAUUUUAGAUUUAUGCUUCACGAUGACCAAUGUUACAAUCCCACCCAGGUAAUCCUUCCUGCUUGAAAGCAUAUUUUAGAAAUCCGGUCAACAUUUCAUGAAAUAGGGCAGCUACUGUGGUUGUUCCUUGUCAAACGACCAACUUUGCGGCCCUAGAUCGAUGCCACUGUCGAAAUGAAACGAAGGAGCCCAUUUUGCUGUCAGAUCAAAUCGGCGAAUGUCACUGCCACAUGAUGUAAACACUCCAGCUUGCAUUUGGCCCGACGCGAUCCCUUGACACAGUGAUGGAGCGUAGAAUUUAAUCUUACCGGAAAAGUGACUUAGGCGGGGGGUAUUCUUCGGUUGUAGAAGACUCGUAUAAGCCUUCCGCCCUCCUUGAUGCAUGCCUGACUUAGGGUAGGAAUCGUUUUACUGCAGUACAACCCCCUUUCAGCCACUAUAGCCUCCUGUUCUGUUGACAGAGCCUGAAUUACUCCUGUUCCUCUCCUUCUCUGGGCCAGGCUUCUCGCAGGGGCCGCAUUGUGCGUACUCAACCGACAGAUGUCCCGCCUCAGCCCCUACCCAGGGAUGGAGACUUCUUCCCCACAUCACCGGAGGCCCGAAAACCCUGGUAUGCGGGUCCUUCUGGCCGGCCGGACCAACAGCCACGCGGCGGUGCUCGCGGGCGUCCGAGUGCAGCCCGUGGCGGCGACUUCUCUCGAGGCCGCGCUGCUGCACCUGAUUCCGCCGGCCACCCUGAAGCCGAAUCAUCCUCCAGGCAGAAAAACCGCCAGCACACGGCAGCUGGACGAUUGACGCCGCCACCGCCGGCACCUGCUUCCUCCCUCAAACGGCGCGGCGAAAUUACCGCCUAUCAGGCAAAACUGAAGGAGCGCUACGGGUCACACAACCAGCGUGUGCUAGCUGAUCGCAAACGCCAGCUUUAG